UCCAAUGAAAAUCACUAAUGCCACAGACAUCAAGGCAGCGCUGCGUCCGAGGGGACGAUGGAGAAUUUCACAGCGCUCUUCGGAGCUCAAACUGACCCACCACCUCCUCCAACUGCACUCGGCUUCGGACCAGGAAAACCUCCACCUCCACCUCCGCCUCCUCCGGGCGGGGGACCCGUCACGGCCCCACCUUCAUCCGCGGCCAGUGCCCCUUCGGGUGCAGACAAGUCAGCGGCUGGUUGUGGCCCAUUCUACCUAAUGAGGGAACUGCCAGGUAGUACAGAGCUGACAGGCAGCACCAAUCUGAUCACACACUACAACUUGGAACAAGACUAUAAUAAAUUCUGUGGAAAGAAGGUGAAGGAGAAGCUAAGUAAUUUCCUGCCUGACCUGCCAGGGAUGAUUGAUCUGCCUGGUUCCCAUGAUAACAGCAGCCUCCGCUCCCUCAUUGAGAAGCCCCCUAUUCUUGGUGGCUCUUUUAAUCCUAUCACAGGGACCAUGCUCUCUGGCUUCCGCCUCCACACUGGCCCGUUGCCAGAGCAGUGUCGUCUGAUGCACAUUCAGCCUCCCAAGAAGAAGAAUAAACACAAACACAAGCAGAGCCGUACCCAGGAUCCUGUCCCCCCAGAAACACCAUCUGAUUCGGAUCACAAGAAGAAGAAAAAGAAAAAAGAAGAGGAUCCUGAUCGGAAAAGAAAGAAGAAAGAAAAGAAGAAAAAGAAGGUAGGAGGGAGACCUGUUGCUGCAGCCCAAACCGACAUAGUCCAGACCAUCCAGGUAUGGGCAGCUCCCAGGCCAGCAGCAGCAGCAGCCUCCGUUAACAGAAUCGCUGGACUCUGGUUUUUCCUGCGGUACUGAACCUGCUAACAAAAGCUGUCUUCCAGGCUCUUGGGAUGCUGCCUUAGAGAGUAUCCAGCGGUGUGGACAGAGGAUAGCUCCUGCUGUGUUUGAUUGAGAGUAAUACAUUAGAAGAGAGAAGGGCCAUGUAAGGCUCAGCCCUAUUGGCUUUCUCAUGGACAUCUCUUCCUCUCCCAGGAAGCUUUCUAUUUCUUCUUUCUCUUGUGCAAUUUGUCUGAUUUCAGGACUUGGUUUAUUAGGAUUUUUCUUAAAAAAAAAAAAAAAAAAAAAAAAAAAAUUUUUGCAUUUAUCAAUCAAACUGACUGAAGUGUGGCUGCCUGUAUAAGAGGUAAGUGCCUUUCUGUGACACUCUGUUUAUAAAAGGCAUUGCUAAGAUCAGAAGGGA